UCUUACUACCUGUUGUUUCCUUUAUCACGACCAAAAUUCACUAUACAUUUAUCAGUAAAUAAGAUCCCAUUUUUGAGAAAUACAAUUGUUGUAUGUUAUUUUGUGCUUAUUCUGACGUGUCGUCCUUGCCACUCAUUCAUCUCGAUCUUCGUCACGCCAUCGUAGAAACCUUUUAAAUUUAUUUAUUUUUUUAAAUUUUAUUAUUUUUUUAUUUUAUUUUAUUUGGGAAUAUAAACGAUCAUCUACAGUAGAUUUUUGAUAUUCCUUUGCAUUCUACUUGAAAACGUAGCGACAAAAACAGCGACAUCAAACUUUAAUUAAUUCAACAAAUCCAAAACCAAAUCCAAAAGACAAAAACAACCAUGGACCAAAUAGAACAGGCCGUCAUCUAUGCCUUGGGUCCUCAUGUUGAGCCUUCUCUCAAAUCACAGGCAAAUACAUAUUGUGAACAAGUAAAGAACUCUCCAGAUGGCUGGCAGAUCUGCCUACAACUCUUCAUGAAAGAGCCUAAAGCUGUAGCCGAAGCGCGUUUCUUCUGUUUGCAGGUUCUUGAAAAUACUCUUCAGAACAGAUACGAGGCAUUAGAUGCCAGCGCAGUCGAGUAUAUUCAACAGACGAUGAUGGAGUAUCUCCGCAGAGAGUUUGUCGAGAACCAGACAGCAGGAUCCGAGGAGACUUUCAUCCGGAACAAGGCUGCCCAGUCAUUGACACUUCUUUUUGCCCACGUAUACCCAACAACUUGGCCAAAUUUCUUUAAAGAUGUCAUUGGUCUUGCACAGACACCUUCAGGCACCCCAAGCCACGAAAAAGCAGCAGACUUCUUUUUACGUCUCUGUGUCAGUAUUGAUGAGGAAAUCGCACGUCUCGAUAUCCCCCGUAACAGAGAAGAAGUUGUCCGAAACACCAAUAUCAAGGAUACCAUGAGAAUGGGCGAUAUCCAGUUGUUGGCUGCUUCUUGGUUCGAAUUGUUACAGGAAUUUAGACUUACUAACCACAACAUUGCCCAACUGGCUCUGAAAAACAUCGGUGCCUAUAUUGCUUGGAUGGACAUCUCAUUGGUAGUCAACGAUCAGGUUAUGCGUGCACUCUAUGAACUCUUGAGUGAUCCAAACCUUCGUAUCGCUGCAAGCGAGUGCUUGGCCGACGUUGUCAGCAAGGGUAUGUUGCCUCUCGACAAACUCAAUGUGAUCCAAAUGCUGAAUCUGGCAGAUACUCUGGGACGUCUGGACUUGUCGGACCCCGAGUUUGUCGAACAAACAGCUCGUCUGGUAAAUACACUUGGCAUCGAACUAUGCAAGAUAUAUAUGGACAGCACUGUGGGUCCUGAAGGAAAAGCUGCUACAUAUGCUCUCAUUGAGCAAAUUUUGCCUUACUUGCUCAAGUUCCUUGCCGACGAAUAUGAUGACACAUCCACUGCUCUUUUUGCAUUUGUUAAUGAUAUGUUGAGUAUUUAUAAGAAGCAGAAGAAGGCUAUGCAGCCUUUUACUCAAUCUCAGCAGGAGUUUCUCAGAUCCUUGUUGAGUGUAGUGAUCAUGAAAAUGAAGUAUGACGAAGAUACUGAAUGGGGAAAUGAAGAAGAUGAGCCAGAAGAGGAAGCAUUGUUUGCUGAAUUGAGAAAGAAUUUGAGAAUCUUUGCCGACCACAUUGCAGCCAUUAGUAAUGAAUUAUACAUUGGGUAUGUCCAUUCUGUUGUUAUGGAGACCUUGAGUAAAUACAAGUCUGGCGCAGAAUUGGAUUGGAGAGAGGUUGAAUUGUGUUUGUAUGUCUUGUACACUUACGGAGAAGCCCUACCAAAGGCAGCCAUGCAGUUUGUAAACGGAAACGACUCUGCUUCUUUGACUCCUCUUGGUGAAUUGGUAUCCGAGAUGGUGAUGUCUAAUAUUUCGGCAUACCCUCACCCUUCCGCACCACUUCAAUUCUUUGAGAAUAUCACCCGCUAUUACCAAUUCUUUGAACAUCGUGCUGACCAUCUCCCCCAGGCCUUGGCUGCCUUUGUCGACACUCGUGGACUGCAUCACCCCCUCAACCAGAUUAGAUCUAGAUGCUGGUAUCUUUUCCAACGUUUUGUGAAGAUGCUCAAGCCAAAGAUGGGACCCUACGUCGAAACCCUGCUGUCUUCCAUCGGCGAUCUCCUCACGAUCCAGGCAGAGACACCAGUAGAGAGCAACACAAUGGAUGGAAUGCCUAUUCCUGCUGCUUCGACAUUUGACAGCCAGCUGUAUUUGUUUGAAACAGUCGGAACUCUUAUUUCUCUUGACAGUGUAGAUGUCAUGAAACAGAUGGAGUACCUUCAAAUUGUAUUGGAGCCUUUGGUAGAGGGCAUCCGUAAUUCGAUGUCCCAGGGUUACAAUCCAGAAGAUGAAUUAUUUAUGCUACAACUCCAUCAUUAUAUUAUGGCUAUCGGAAGUGUUGCAAAGGGUUUCCCCGAUGUCCCAAAGGCCUCUGCCGCAACUGCCCCUUGGGUUGUUGUGUUUAAUCAGGCAACCGAAAUAAUCUUGAAUGUGCUCCAGACAUUCAACCAAUUCUUACUGAUCCGUGACGCAGCACGCUUUUCUUUUGCUCGCUUUAUUACCUGUCUCGGAUCCGAAGUUUUACCAUACCUACCCACUCUUAUCAAUGGUCUAUUGACAGAAUGUGAGAUUACAGAACUUAAUGACUUUUUGCCAUUUAUUGGAUUAGUAGCACACAAGUUCAAGCCUAUGAUCCACAAUAUUAUGGAUGAGCUCUUACUGCCACUUGUGAAGCGUGUAUUUGAUUUCCUCAACACUUCCCCGUCUGGCACAGAUGAAGCAAUGCUGUUAUUUGAGCUUCGCAAGGCAUACAUUAACUUUAUUAUUUCCUUGUUCAAUGCCGAGCUGGAGAGUGUACUUGUCAGCGAGCGAAACCUGAGUCACCUCAACACAAUCCUGCACACAAUUCUCCACUUUGCAAAGGACAAUAGUGACCCUACCAUACAAAAGAUGGCAUUUGGCGUGUUUUUGCGAAUGGUUAAUGCAUGGGCCACUUCUCCUCAGCAACAAGGAUCGAUUGCAGGAUUUGACCAAUUUGUUUACAAUGAACUUAUCCCAACUACGUUUGCUGUGCCAAUGCAUGUAGCGUUUAAUGUUGCCGAUGGACAAUCUCUUUUGGUCUUUGGUGAAAUUACUGGAAUUCAAAAGGCCAUGUACACCAAACAAAGUAAUGAGUUCACUGAAUACAUGACCAAUGUCUUUUUCCCGUCUAUUCAAUGCCCACGGGAAGGAGCAGAAAGAUACUGCCAGGCAAUUCAACAAUACGAUAAUAAAGAAUUCAAGAAAUACUUCCAGACUUUUAUUUCGGAAGCAAAAAAUUAA